AAGGAAAACAAACUUCUAUUUCUCACGUAAUUCUGUAGAAAAUUGCAGAUUAAGAAAACAAUGUUUUCAGGACAUGGAAACCACAAACCACAUUUGAGCGUCCUUCCUGUGUAUUCCGAUGUCAGCGCCUGAUAAACACGACACACUGGUUGAGAUCAGCUCACAGUGAGCCUUCUCUGUGUUUGUUCAAGCAAACCACUAAACUGUCUUUCUAAAUGGAGUUGGUUAUUGUUCUUGUUUGCUCAGUAGUUUUUAAAGCUUUUCCACAUGUGUUGUGGAGCUCCACCAGAAUGAUACACGUUCCUUUUUUCUGUUUGUGUUUGGCAGCUGGACUCACGGUGUCGUCUUCUCUUAGGAUUCUGGACAAGCGUCCAAACUGCAAGCAAGAGGGUCUUGACCACUGCAAAAUUAAUAACUGCUCAGACAAACGCAUGGUUGAAGUCAGACAACGUGCCCCUACCGGCCCAGAGUGGGAUCAUGAGCAUGUGGGAGUCUGGACGGACGAACAUGGGCCUGUUUCUGUUUUGAAUGUGACAUGGAAGAUAAAGCCAGAUGGAAGUAUAACAACCCUUCGUGGAUCAGAGAUAAAUAUUCAGGAUGAAAGUACAAAUCAAACUUUGUGUGUGCGGUUUUCUUACAACCUCAGCGAACAGCGUAAUCCAAAAUAUAACCAGUGGAAUUUUUCGUUGAAUGGAGUCGUGGUGGAGCCUGGACAUACAUAUACGGUGUCCGUUUUUAAUCUUCCAGAACCUGAGAUCGGAGGAAAAGACUACAGAAUUACAAAGCAAAUUACCAUCCCAGGAUGUGAUGACAGGAAAAUCCAAAAGGCCCAAAUGUGUCUGGAAAAUGGGAGUCUAUGGGAUCCUAACGUGAUCCGCGCUGUGUCUCUUCAUAAGGAAUGUAAAAAGUUUUCCAUCGUUGUGGGUUUUGAGACAGCUCGGUAUUCAGAGAGAUACCAAGUCUCCAUCCAGAGUCAUGGUUUCCAUCGCUCAAAGAAUGUCUCAAAGGAAAACAGAACAUCCCUGAAUGUGUUAUUUGAGUUUGAUUGGUCGCAGCUUUCACAAUGUGAAAUGUUGUUAAUGAUUCAGCCGUUUUUUGUUGGAUGCAAGAAUGACUGUUUGCGCCUCGAGAAAAUAAUCAAUUUAUGCCCGUAUUAUCCACCACGGACUAUAAUUAUAAAGGCAACUGCGGGGCUGCUGUGGCUGCUUGUCAUUGGUGGUUGUCUUGCUUAUUUACUGUGGAGAGCCUGUCAGAAAGAUCCUGUGAACACGUCCUCAUCUGCUGCCAAACAACAACCAGAAGGUUUUCAAAUGCCAGAGAGAAGAAGAGUCCUCAUCAUCUACUCCCUUGACCAUCCUCUAUACAAAAACAUCAUCCUCAAGCUUUGUGCCUUCCUGGCGACCAAAUGUGGUACUGAAGUGGUCCUGGAUCUGCUGGACUCUACCAGACUGGGAGUGUUGGGAAGCAUCCAGUGGUUGGACUGGCACAGAGAACAAAUAGAAAGCUCUUCAGAUAAGAUACUGAUCCUGUGCUCACAAGGAGUACAAGCCAAAUGGAGAUCCAUGUGUGGCGACAGACAGGUUCUCCUGAGAGAGGACGCCCGCUCACCUGUAGGCGACACGCUCUGUCCAGCCCUCAGCCUCAUGGUCCCCCAUUUCAUCAGAUCCGCGUCGUUUGAAAAAUACAUUGUGGCUUACUUUGACGAUGUUUGUUCUGAAGAAGAUGUUCCUUCACCUUUCAACAUUACAGUGCGAUACAAGCUGAUGAAACAGUUUGAGGAGCUCUUCUUCAGAAUCCUGGAUACUGAGAAGCACGAGCCCGGCAGAGUGAAUCAGGUUGAAGGGCUUUCAGAGGACGAGUACUAUCUCUGUCCCUCAGGUAGAGCCCUGCGGGACGCCAUAGAGACUUUUCAUGCAUACCAGUUGGAGCAUCCACAGUGGUUUGAAGAUGAGUUACUGGACAGCUCAAAAACCUCAGAUGAGAUCUGUGACGAUGCAAAAACAACCACAAAUCUCAUUACAUAUUGUCUACCCAACUCAACCCUAGUCACCCGUCAUAUACAGACACAAGGAAGUGAUUUCACUGGAGACAAAACAGGACUUUAUGUGACUGAAGAGUUUCUAAUGUGCACCUCAGUUGAGUUCAACCCUCUUAUUGCUGAGAACAUGCAGCCAGUUUGAUGUGAUUUAGUCUUUUGAGACAUCAAUGAAGAUCUGCUCUGCUGAAAUGGAUGGAUCAGAGGAACUCAGUGGUACUGAGUUCUGACCCUCUGUGUACCUCUGAUCCUUGUCCACAUGAGUGCCCUUACUUCUUACUGCAUAUCACCGCUUGCUGGUGAGUCUAGGUACGUACCCC